ACUAAUCAAGUCCAAAAAUAUUUGUUUUUGUUUGUUAUACAUAAGUGAACUAUUUAUAUUUCGCACAAAUUUGUGCUUUAAAUAUUACAAAAUUUUGUUUCAAAAGUUUGUAGCUCUGUUGUGUAAAACGUGCGUUUAAUUUUGCUAAACUUUUUUACACAAAAAAUUGUAUAUUUUUCACAUGCCGCCUCCCGAAAUUUAUGGAAUGUAAUAAAAAUUAUCUUGUGCUGGGAAUUAUUGUGCAAAUUGUAAAACAACAAUGACCACAUACGAUUAUAUAGCCGUGGCUCAGAGAGCCGAGGAGGAGGAAUCACGAACAAAUCCCUCCACACUCUGUUGUUGUGAGUAUAUAGAUCGAGAGCAGCAGCGAUUUCAUAUUUUGGGUAUUUGCUGCAAUUGCGUGGACUUGGAUUCGGCCUUUACCAGUUUUAUCACCUGUCAGCGAGUGGACGCUUCUAAUAGGCGUAAUAUGUUACUAACAUUCCAGGAUCGUUUGCGAAUACCGUGGAGAGGAGGUGCUAAGCGUAUAUCAAUGGAGGCCAUUAUACCCGGCGCCGUUUAUCCCCUGGUCUUGGGUUUGGCCGCCCUGAAUGAGAUUACCUCAUAUAUAAUGCUGGGUUCCAUUGUGGUGUUUUUGGGUUAUGGACACCAGUAUGUAAAACGUAACCAUAUUAAGACUAAAUUCUUUUUUAUGUGGCUGCUGUGGUCUGUGAUGUAUAUGAUCGCUGGUUUACAAUUUGCAGUGCCAUUGCUGGAACUUUUGCCCGAAGAGAACCUUAUUUUGGUUGUAAUGGGUUGCCUUAGUGGCUAUUUGCUGUGGCUAACGCGAAAACAUGCAUUCGCAUGCCAUGACCUGCCCAGUCGCACGGAUGACGAUUUGGCAGACAUAACGGAGGCAACGGCCGCCGAGGAAGAGGAAGAAGCUGCUGCUCAUACUGCUUUACUAAUAGACAAUGAUUCGCCGAUAAGAUCACAGAAGACUCGAUCGAGUUCACAUCAAACCAAUAUGUGUCAUGUAUGCCGAAAGUAUGUCUCAGCCCGCACUAUCCAUUGCCAUGUAUGCAAUGCCUGCAUUAUGAUGCAAAGCCACCAUAGUUAUUGGCUCGACUGCUGUGUGGGCCAAUAUAAUAUGCGCUUUUAUAAUGCGGGCAUGAUAAUGGGCAUACUAACACUUCUAUUUGGCGUAUAUCUAACACUGACUGCAAUCUGCCAUCCUCUUUUGAUUGGCCGCAUAUGGAACAUACCAGUGACUUUUCCAGACGAUUGUAGCGAAGUUUUUAACGAGUACACAUUGGGCUUAUCAUAUGUACUCUCACUAUAUGCAAUAAUAAUGAUAAUCUAUCAAUUUUGUAACUUGCUGGUGCAAGUUCUGAAGUGCACAAGGGGGCCGUAUUUUAUUAUCGGUGACAUGUCCCAGCCAUUUUCCAAGUUUUAUAAGAAACUAAGCGCAUAAACGUUAACAAUGUUUGCUACAAUAUGCAAGAAGGUUUAUGCUGAUAAUAAUACCAAAUAUAAAUUCCGCAUUAAAUCAAAUUCAAAAACAUCAAUUUGGGCGAGAAAACAAUAAUUAUUCCACAGAGUUCACUUCCAUCACCAGGCAUAAAAAUGGAAAAUAAUUACGAUUAUGUUCUCUAAUCAUUGGUAUUUUAUGGGGCUCUGGAAACUUUGCAUAAUCUUACAGAACCCCUUUCUUCUUAUCUAUAAUAUAAAGUGUUUCUAAAUGAAUGCGGUGGCAUUUUAGAUUGACGAAUUUUUGAAAUUGAUUUAAAUGCGGAAUCUCAUUUAAUAGUAUUUAUAAUGGCUUCAAUGUAGUAUUAAAUCAAUUUUCUCAACUAUCUGCACUAUUAUUAAACAUAAACGUUUUGUGAUCUGUUAUAUGACAUCCAUAGAAUAAUAAUUGUAAUAGUGAGAAUUUAUAGGGUAUGUAUGUGCUUUUUUAGUUUUCAAUGAUCAAAGCUAAGCUCUGUUUCUUUUUUAAUCUACAAAAAAAAACUUAAAUUGGAAUUAAUAUGCUAAAUAAAGAAGUAUAGAUUAACAAU